AGGCUUGCACAUUUUGUUACGACCUCGGAUUUACGAAUCAAAGCAUCACAGCCUGCGCUUUGGCGAGAGGAAAUGCUGUAAGUAAAUCCGACAAAAAUGUACAUGACUUGUACUCUGCCAAAAAAGAUAUUCACUGAUGUUCUUUGAUUAAAAUAUUUCCUUGAAGGGAUUUGCAGUGAUAUGAUCAGAAUUAUGGACAUGAACGGAAUCAUAUUUUGAGGUGGUCAGAAAGAUGCUUGGUCAUAGCAUGUGCUGGAAGAAUCAUAGAGAAAACGUGUUCAUGAAGGAUUUGUACCUAGCAUAGCUAAGAUGUCAACUGUGAGAGAGAUUCCGGCAGAGUAAAGGGGGCUUGCUGAUAAAAUGGAGAGUCGAAAGCCUUUCGUAGGGUCACAUGCCAAAUCGGUGCUUCUAUCCCUCAAUGAACUUAGGAUUAAGGGGCAACUUUGUGACGUCACUUUGACCGUAGAUGGAAGUUUGUUCGUCGCCCAUCGCGCCAUUUUGGCGGCCUGUAGUGACUACUUCUGUGCAAUGUUCACCAAUCAGAUGAGCGAAAGCAUUCAAUCGGUUGUGGAGCUCCGUGGUCUGAAGGCGGCGACCAUGGAGGUCUUACUCGAGUUCAUAUACACCGAGCAGGUCGAAGUCACCGUCGAGAACGUGCAGGAACUUCUACCUGCCGCUUGUCUUCUCCAAUUGAAAGGUGUGGAGAUGAGAUGCAGUGAGUUCCUGAAAGAGCAGCUCGAUUCCUCAAACUGCCUUGGAAUAAAACGAUUUGCUGAGACUCACUCUACGGCAGGACUACUUGCAGCAGCGGAGUCCUACUGCCUCACACAUUUCUCUGAGAUUACAAAGGAAGAUGAGUUUCUAGACUUGACGCCAGACGAGUUUAGUCAGCUUAUAUGCAGGGACAAUUUAGAGAUGAGCGAUGAGAGUGAAGUAUACGAGGCUGUAAUCCGUUGGGUAAAACACAAUAAAGAUGAGAGAAAUGACCAACUAUUUUCUGUCCUUGAACAUGUUCGUCUUCCAUUGCUCAGUCCUGUCUUCAUCACCGAUGUCGUCGAUACACAGCCUCUAGUUAAAACUAGUCAUGAUUGUCGAGAUUUAGUGGACGAGGCGAAAAUGUUCCACUUGAGACCUGACAGGAGAGCUGAAAUGCAUGGACCCAGGUUUCAACCGAGGACAGGCGGAGAUGUACGGCUCAUUGUAAUAGGGGGAUUUGGUGUUGAUCGUCAGCCGUUGUCAUUGGUCGAGGAAUUUAAUCCUAAAACAUCAGAUUGGCGAUCUCUUCCUGAACUCGAGCACGGCAGGAGGUAUCUCGCUACCGUUGCACAUCAUCAACGCUUGUAUGUGAUUGGAGGAUACAAUGGUACGUCACGAUUAAGUUCUGUCACGUGCUUAGACUUCGCCAAUCAGGACUCAUCUGACUUCAGUUGGACUCAAUGCGCUCCAAUGAGCGAUAUCAGAGGACUACCUGGUUCCACUGUGUACAAUGAGCUAAUCUAUGUAGCUGGUGGAUUCGACGGCGAUUCUCGGCACAACUCCGUAGAGGCCUACGACCCUAAAAUCGACAGGUGGUCCCCAGUCACCCCAAUGAAUGUAUGUCGAGAAGGGGCGGGGCUGGUUGCUACCAAUGACGUCAUCUACAGCAUAGGGGGAUACGAUGGCGUCUCCAUUCAGAGUUCGGUGGAGGUGUAUGAUCCGAACAGCGGGCAAUGGAUGCCAGCCCCGCCUAUGAAUAUCAAACGAUCAGGAGCUGGUGUUACUGUUGCAAAUGAGAUGAUCUAUGUCUUCGGUGGUUUUGACGGAACCCAGCACAUCGCAUCAGUCGAAUGCUUUAACCCUCGUGCCAAUAAAUGGACAGUACUCUCCGAUAUGAAUUCACCUAGAUGCUAUGCAGGGGGAGCUACUAUACAUGGGAGAAUAUAUGCGGUGUCGGGCUAUGAUGGACAAUCGCUCAUUGAUACAGUGGAAGUGUACGAUCCUUGGAGAGAUAAAUGGAAGAUACAAGCAACAAAAAUGAACGAAAGAAGAUGUGAUGCAGGAGUGACUUCUCUACUUAUCCCCUGAUCAUAAACGAUCAAGACACCGUGUCCAUAUACCGAAGUCCGACACGAUGUUCAUUACGGUUUCGUCACGAUGUCGUCACGAUGUUCGUAUUCUAGUGACAUGUUGAUACCUGGAAUAUAGCGUGCAAACGAGUAUACCACCGAUACAUUGAGGACUACCUACCAGGCUUGAAAAGUUGAAAGUUAAUGCAACUUGAAUUGAUUGUUGUCAUAGCGGACGUUUUGAAGUCUUAUCGUAGUGUCAUAUCGGACUUUUUGAAGUCUAUACUAUUUGCAAUAUUGAUGUCCGCGGCCAUGUUUCAGAAAGUCGAAUUGUUUAGGACUUAAGGUCACCUAUUUGUGUGAUUGUCUUCAUCUGAUUUUCAGCUGAUUUUUAAACUGAGUUUUAUAUGCGGAAGGAUCCUAAAACCUACCUUCGGAACUACUGGAAUAUUUCACAUAUCAUGAGAUAUGAUACAGAAAGGUGGAGAAGGUCAAUGCUGCUAACCUGGUAUAUGGUUAUAGAUUCCAAAGGAACGGAAACUUAGAAGAUAAAAAUGGUUAACAAAAAUGAAUAUAUUAUUGUAGCAAUCAUAUAAUGUAUAAGUAAUGACAAACAUUCGUUAAAAGAAAAUGAUCAUCGGUGAAUUUUGUUUCAAAUGCAAAAACAAUUCCACGAUAACCGUAAUAGAAAUAUGAGCAAGUAUAUAUAUAUAUAUAUCCAUCUCCUGCCACUAAGUUAUUUUGUAAUUUCAAAGUAACGAAUCGUCCAAUGUCAUUCCCUCUCCUUUUAUUUCUAUGUCCCCUACUUCUUGCCCCCUUGCUCUUGUCUCUUAUUCUCCUACCCCUGCGUGCUGCAUCUCGGCGAUUUUCUACCUAUCCCAUUGUCCCUAAUAUCCCUCCUCUUUCUCUUUCUCUCUACCUCCCUCCACCCUCUCUUCACCUGUCGCGCUCUCUCUCUCUCUCUCU